AUGGACUUCGCUGUCUCCGAGUCCAGCGUUCCAACAAACUCAAGUCUUGGAGAGUUGCUUGAUGGAAACCACAAAGCGACCAAGUCCUUCUACUCAAAUUCGCCAAGCGCGCCAACGAGAAAGCGACAGAGGACUGACUUGGCCGAAACCACAAUCGAGGCUUUUGACGACAAGGACCCCACCGAACGUCGCUUCCGGCUGGAAUAUGCCACCGUGCAACAGCUCCCAGCAUCUCUCGCCGCCAAGCAACCAGCUGCUUCUAAGUCGCGCAGAACCAAGCCGAACACCAACGCUGAACAAACCCUCGUACGCCAACGAUCCGUCCAAAAACUUCUCGAGGGGCCAGCCGAGUCUACAAAGCUCACGAAAGCCACUCAUUCAUCCAAUGGCUCGUCUCCGCAUCUGUCUUCUGAGCCCAUGAGCCUUGCGCGGGCCGGGUCGUCAGCAUCACAGAAUGGCAAGCCCGAAUGGCAUCCUCCUUGGAAGCUUAUGAGGGUCAUCUCAGGCCACUUGGGCUGGGUGCGAAGCUUAGCUGUUGAACCUGGAAAUAAGUGGUUUGCCAGCGGCGCGGGCGAUAGGACCAUCAAGAUUUGGGACAUCGCUACAGGAUCCCUCCGCCUCACCCUGACGGGUCAUAUAUCGACAGUUCGUGGCCUUGCCGUAAGCCCGCGCCACCCUUACCUUUUUUCUUGCGGUGAGGACAAGAUGGUCAAAUGCUGGGAUCUUGAAACCAACAAAGUCAUACGGCACUACCACGGUCAUCUGAGUGGCGUAUACACUCUUUCGCUUCACCCGACACUGGAUGUGCUGGUGACGGGAGGUCGAGAUGGCGUCGCGAGGGUAUGGGAUAUGCGAACUCGAAGUAACAUACACGUCCUUUCGGGCCACACUGGAACCGUAUCGGAUGUUAAGUGCCAGGAGGCCGACCCCCAAGUUAUCACUGGGUCUCUUGAUGCAACCGUGAGACUAUGGGACUUGGCUGCAGGCAAGACCAUGGGGGUCCUUACACAUCACAAAAAAGGCGUCAGGGCCUUGGCUACACAUCCUCAAGAGUUCACUUUUGCCUCUGGUAGCACAGGGAGCAUCAAGCAAUGGAAAUGCCCCGAGGGAGCCUUCAUGCAGAAUUUUGAUGGACACAAUGCCAUCAUCAAUACUCUCAGCGUAAACCAGGAAAACGUUCUCUUUUCCGGCGGCGACAACGGCUCGAUGAGCUUCUGGGACUGGAAGACGGGCCAUCGCUUCCAGUCGCUGGAUACCACAGCGCAGCCAGGGUCCUUGGAUGCCGAGGCGGGGAUCAUGAGCUCAACCUUUGAUCGGUCUGGACUGCGGCUUAUUUGUGGCGAGGCAGACAAAACAAUCAAAAUAUGGAAGCAGGAUGAAAAGGCAACUCCUGAAACGCACCCUGUACUGUGGCAGCCGACGCUUGCACGACGCAAAUAUUAG